GGAUGGAUGCUUUGAAUAUUUUGGAUGUUUCCCUCUGGUAAACGUUUUACCUUCCUUCAGCAGUCAAAGUAAUGAGCUGUCAGUGACAAUCUAUGUACCCAAAUAUUUCUACAAUGACAUUGAUUGGAUGGGGCUUGUUUUAUGUGCUAAAUUUUCCAUCCAGGACCAUCAAACUGUGAUACUCGAAAAUCCCAAAUCAAAAAUUUCUCACCACAUUAUUUGUCUUUUAGAAACUGAUGUAGCCGGUCCAGAGCAUUUACUCGUCCAUCACACUAAUAAUGAAGAAUUCCUGUGGCUAGAUACAGAAGGGCAAUUUCUUUGGUUGACCUGUAUUUCACGUGGGUUGUUACCAGACGAGUUCAAUCAAUGUGGUUACAUCAAAGCUUCAAUUAUAAGCGAUUGGCCAGGUGUGAUGGUGCAAAAAUGUGGGCUUAGUUUCUUCCAUGUGAAUGAUGACUGGUUUCAGAAUAUGAGAUUUCAUUGCAAGAAGGAAUAUAUAUCACAAAAUUUCAACAAUCAAAUGACAGCUGGUAAGUUAAAAAUGAAGCAAGACCAUGAUGAUGAGACAGGACCUAGAAGAACUAGUAGCUCCAAUGAGGACCAAAUUCACCAUGAAAUUACAAGGCCUGUUGAUAAAGGGGAAACAAGUGAAGCUAAGGAUCAACACAGCCAAAGCAACCUGCUGGACUUUGAUCAUCGCCUUGUCCAUAAUUUUUGUUUCCCUAAAUAUGAAGAUCUAGGUUGGUUCAGCAAUCAGAGUGAUUUGCCCUCGUUGACAGUCAAUUUAAUUAGAAAUUUGUUCAGUGAUAAUACUUGGAUAGGAUUUGCUCUAUGUGCCUUUUUUGAAUUGAACGAGGAUCAGAAUUCCAUCCUAGACAUUCUUGAUUCAGAAACUUGCUACAACCUUAUUUGUCAUUUCGAAACCAAUAUCGGUAGUGUGAAGCCUCGCCAUAUCUAUUGUCCAACUAAGAAAGAUCUCAUGCUGUCACAAACAGGUGGAUUCUUUUGGUUGUCCUAUAUACCACGCGGGUCGCUUCCAGAGUGGCUGAAUCAUUGCAUCCUUGCUAAGUUUUCAUUUGCAACUAACUGCCCUGGCUUGACAGCGCAGAAGUGUGGUCUUCUUCCCUUGUACAAGCACACUGGGCAGAAGUGUAGCCAUGGUUUCUCGUACAAGCUCUGUGAGAGAGAGUUCAAGGAAAUAUUAACGUACCACGUGAUAUCCUUGUCUGAUAAUUGGAAUAUCAUCUGGAGAUUGACGAUUGAUAAUACAAACAGGAGGAGGCAAAAACACGAUAAUGAAGCAAGACCAAGUACAAGUGGCAGCUCUAAUGAGGACUCUCACCCUGAGAGACGGACGGAACAUGUUGAUCCCAUGCUUAAAGACAAGGGGAAGAGAGUUCUAGAAUAAUUUCUCUUAUUGUUUCCAUCUCAGAGGACUCAGUCGAAAUGGAGAAAGUCCAUUUUGUGAUUAAGAUUUUAAAAUUUUCUUUUCUGAAUCUGG